GAAGCAGUAGAGUCGAAAAGCAGCAUCUCGGAGCUGCGCCCUCCAUUGGAGGGUUGACAGGGCUCAUAUUAGGAGCAUGCUCAGCUUAUGCGGACGUCCUCUAAACUCUAGCUUAGUCAUUUUCUAGCUGAUCUGGUGUGGUCAAAUCCAGCUGAAGGGACCAGCCUACUAAGAGGCAGAAUGGCUGACGGGAAGUCAGACCUGGUAGCUGAGUUUCUGGGCCUGGUUUCUGCCAAAAACUAUGGCAAGGCAAACCACAUGUUUGUAGCGCUUGUGGACGAAGUUGCUGGGAAGAUGCUCCUUCCCGCCCAAGAGCAACAGCUGCAACUGAAACCGACGAAAGCGUUCAAGAAGCUGCUGAAGGACGAAGAAGUGGUGCGCAGCAUGAUGACCAUCCUUCUAGAGAGCGAUGAGUGCAUUGUCAUGCUGAGUGCCAUCUGUCGGAUCACGGUCGCACCUGGGUUUGCAAGGCAGAUUGCAUCCUGCAGCACGGCGGUCGAUUCGCUGCGCCAACUCGGCUCGCUGCUCUUCCCCGUCGUCCUCCGAAACCUCUCGCACAGCUCAACCGUCUCCCAAACGGAAGCUUCGGCUUUGCAAGGCUGCUCACUGUACAUGAAAACCCUGAUGAACCUGCUGGGUCACAGCCCUGAAUUCACGGAACGCGCUUUCCGCCACGAGUACCUCCCGCUGCUGACAUCAUUCUUCCCGUUCCCCGGGGCUCCCCCCCGUGCGGCCGAGGGCGCGCGUGCCAGUCUGUAUGCGCACUUAGCGGUCCCCACAAUGGGAGCGUUCGACAACUUCGUGGACACCGUCUCAAAGGCGAAGAACGUUGUGCGCAGCGGGGCGGCGGCCGGACUUAUCCCGUGGCUGACCCGGUUCUUUGAUCUGCUCACCGCCCUGCUGAAGCAGUUUCCCGGACGACCUCAGGAGAAUCGGGAGGCGCGAGUGACAGCCAGGAGCCUUCUGUUUCGGCUGAACCUGCUAUGCGAACAGGCGACGGAGCUGUCCCCCGAUCUGCUAAAAGGGGCCGAUUUCGAGGCUCUCCACAGGUCCGUUAAGGAUGUAAAGCCUCUGCUAGACGACGCCGGGAAGGGGAACGCGGAGCUCUUCCUGGGCCAACUGCGGCAUCGAAUCCAGAAGGAGAAGCACGGCCCCCCCGUACUGGAGCCGUCGGAUAUAGGGAGGGUCAUGAAAGGGCUGGAAGCAGUCCGGUUGGCAGGCCCGAGUUCUCCGGUCGAUCUCACGGACGAACUCUUGCUCAGCCUCCUUAUGCUGUUACCCGGAGACUUUGGAAAGCUCCUCAAAAAGAAUCCGAAUGUGAUCCCCGUGCUGCGAGAUUCGCUCGUCGCUGACGUCAGCAGAGCUGCCAAGAAGCCCCGGUCUCUGGACGCCAAAGGCCAGGAGCGGAUGCGGAACACGGCGAUGUGUCUGUGCUCCUUUCUGGCGGUCGGGGCUAACGAAAAGACGCUCCCGGCAGCUGUGUUCGACAAUGUGGGUUCCGCGAUCGUGAGCAUCUUCAAGCCCGGGCUCUCGGUUCUCGACCCCCCCGGCCACCUGCGCCUCCUGGAGCUUCUCGUCUUCUGCUUCAACUCGGGCGGCGAUGCGGCUGCCACGCGGCGCGAGUACGCGCGCGCGCUCGCUAGGGUGAACUUCCUGGACCUCUACAAACCCGCGGCCAACUUGGCGUGGCACCUCGCGGCAACCGUGUUCGGCGCGCGCACCUGGCUGGACCCGAAAGUGGUGUGCGCGCACGAAAUCCAGGUCGGGCGGCAGUUCGGCUUCACCCCGCGGGAACACACGGUCGAAGGACACGUGUCGGGCUCACUGCCCGCGGGCGAUGUGAACAGGCUCGUGGACCAGGCGCUGCGGGUGCUUCAGGAGGCGUGCGUGACCCCGUUCACACCGGAGGACCGCGUGCAGGACGCUGCGGAGAUCGUUCGGCGGAGCGUCAACGAGUGCCCCGCGGUACUUGAGCUGGUCGUUUCCCGCAUCGGGCACGUGACGGGACUUCUGGAGAUCGUGAGCUCCAGGUUGACGCGAGAGUUCGGACGGCGCUUCCUGGAGGACUCUCCUUCCCGCCAGGGCUUCGCGACGCCGGAGGAAAUCAGUCAGUGGAUGGGCGUAUGUGGGCCGCUCUUGAUGGUGUUCAAAUCUGCUUUUGACACGUGUAAGGCGAAGAGGGCGUCGAGGGAGAAGCUGCUGCGGGAGACGGCCGGCAAUGGCGGGAUCGUGGUGUGUCAAGGAACUCUCCGUGAUUCCCGGGCGCUUUUGACCGGCGCCGCAACUAGUGUGGGCGCACCCCGGAGAAACCCAGCCGAACGCGCGCAAGAAGCGGAGGAGCAGCUCGGGGAAAGCCUCCCCCAGAACGCAAUCGCGCGGGAGAUCUGGGCGGCGUAUGCAGAGCUGUUCAACCUCAAAGAAUGCACCAACCAGGCGUGUGUGGCCGGGGUGGUCGAGGUCCGCCAGAAGACGUUCAAGGCGUGCGGCGCGUGCGGCGCAGCCCAAUACUGCUCGCGCGAGUGCCAAAUGGUCCAUUGGAAGAACGGACACAAAAAGGACUGCAAAGUUUCAAGGCAGGGGGCAAAUAGUGGGAGGGAGAAGGGAAAGCGAAGCAAAGACAACGGAGGGGGAUGAGUACAAUUUGUGCAUACUUCGAUGCCCGGACAGACGUCUACACAUAAGAAGGGUCGAGUCGCGUGCAGAGCUUCCGCAUGAAUUGUUACGAGUCCCGAAUUGAGACUGGACUGCUUUUGUAUAGGUUGAAGCAACAGUUUCGAGUCAGACGGCCAACAGCGCACUCGAUUUAGGCAGUCGCACACUUAAGCAAAAGACCCGACAACGCGUACCGCUGUAGCUUCCCGCUCACAUGCGGGUCUGGUGUGCGCCGGGCCAGUUUGAAUGCCUAAAAAGUGUUUGGCGCUCUUCUAAAUUUUGAGCU